AUUAUAAGGUGAAUGUAGUCCAGACUCAGCAGAGUGGGGCAGCCUCUCCCGGUCUCCCGUCCUCGUCCUCCUCUCUGCAGGUAAGAAGGUGAGACAGGAGGAUCUGGUCCUGUCAGAGACCCAGAUCCGGCUCCACAUCCACGCUGUGAAGUGUAAUCCUCGCGCGGUGUUCCUGCAUGUCAUUUCCUGUGGUAAAGAUGGAGGGCACAGCUCGGGAGGGAGACUGAGUCUCUGCUGGAUCUAAGGGAAACUUUGCUCCGGGGAGCCGCGGAGCUGAGAGACCGGGGCUCGGUGCUCUGAGGCCGGGGAGGAGAGACCAGCUGCACCCGGGAGAGAAGCUCCGGGUCCCCGCUGCGUCCCUGCAGAAGACGGUUGAAGAGGACCACAUGCUGAUCUCCACAAACAUGUUUCCACAAUGAGCAAGCAGCCGGUGGACCUCUGGUUCUGUGAGGACUGCCAGGACUACUUCCAGAGCGAGUGUCCGUCCCACGGGCCCCAGCUGUUCAUCCCCGAUACGCCUGCAGCACCGGGGUCGGCCAACAGGGCGGCGCUCACCGUCCCGUCAGGCCUGGAAGUGUUCACUGAGGGGAACCAGGUGGAUGUUCGCUGCGUGGAUCCAAACAUCCCCAAGGGGGCGGUGUUCGGUCCGUACGAGGGGGAGCUGGUGACCAAGGACAAGUCCUCGGGCUUCUUUUCCUGGAUAGUUGUGGACUUUGACAACACGUAUCGAUCAAUCGACGGCAGCGAUGAGACCAAAGCCAACUGGAUGAGGUUCGUCCGGACCUCGUCUGAGGAGAGUGAUCGGAACCUGACGGCGUUCCAGCAUCGUAAAAACAUCUACUUCAGAGCGUGUCGGACUCUGGGGGCCGGAGAGAGGCUGAGGGUCUGGUACAGCAACGACUACAUCCAACGCCUUCACUGCGUCUCUCAGGAGAGCAUCGACCGCAACCUGCACACAGGUCCAGAGAAGCCCCCCGUCCUGCCAAACGUCCACAAAGACUUCAAGUCUCCGUUCCUGCAGUCAGCGCUGCAGGGCAAACCCAGCCCGGGCAAACAGCCUGACGAAGAGCCCGACGGCCAACCUCCUGCCAAGAGGAAGAAGAUCGACCUCAUCUUCAAAGACGUCCUCGAGGCCUCUCUGGAGGACUCCAGCAGGUCUCACCUGGGCCAGUGUAAAACUGCAGCUCCUGGUUCAGAAAGCAGCUUCCACGUCCUGAACCUGAAGGUGGAGGAGAAGGAGGAGGAGAACCCGAGCGGAGAGGAACCCUCCACCUCCUUCUGCCCCAACUGUGUCAAACUGAAGAAGAGGAUCCUGGAGCUGGAGGAGGAGCUGUCCCGUCUCAGAGGGGAACAGGAGGACCUCGUGGGUCCAUUGAUGUCUGAGGAUCGUCAGCCCCAAAACAACCAAGUCCCACCACACCCUGAACAAGGUCCCAUCGAAGACUUCCAAGGGAUGGAGCCCUUGACUCCCACCCAGGUGGUCCUGGACGAAGACGACCAGGACGUGGAUUCUGCUGAUGAGUCCAUCACAGCAGAUCUCGUGAUCUCUCCUGAGGACUCCGCAAAGCUGUCCUCCGUCGGGAGCAGACGGAUCCGUCGCUUCAAGCAGGAGUGGCUGAAGAAGUUCUGGUUCCUCCGCUACUCGCCGACCCUCAACGAGAUGUGGUGCCACGUCUGCCGCCAGUACACCGUCCAGUCCUCCCGGACCUCCGCCUUCAUCAUCGGCUCCAAGCAGUUUAAGAUCCACACCAUCAAGCUCCACAGCCAGAGCAACCUCCACAAGAAGUGCCUGCAGCUGUACAAGCUGCGGAUGCACCCGGAGAAGACGGAGGAGAUGUGCAAGAACAUGAUCCUGCUGUUCAACGCCGCGUACCACCUGGCCCUGGAGGGGCGGCCCUUCUCAGACCUCCGUCCGCUGGCAGAGCUUCUGAAGAGGUGUGAACUCAAAGUGGUGGACCAGUACAUGAACGAAGGGGACUGUCAGAUCCUGGUCCACCACAUCGCCCGGGCUGUGAAAGAAGACCUGGCUGAGAAGAUGCGCCUGUCUCCGUUCCUCAGCGUCAUCAUGGACGCCCAGAACGACGACCUCUUCUCAGACAUGGUGGCGGUCUACGUCCAGUUCAUCACCAACGAGGGCUCCCCGAACACAGAGUUCCUGUCCUUACAAAGACUGAGCAUGGCCAGUGUGGACGGGUACCUUCAGGCUAUGGAUCGAGCCUUUGGGGUCCUUGGUCUCAGGUUUCAGGACUUGCUGGUGGUGGGUCUGGGGGUAGACGGCACCAACAUCUCCUCAGGGAUGAGAGCCAACCUGUACAUAGCGGUGCAAAAGAUGUAUCCCUGGAUCCUCUGCCUCCCCAUCAUGAUCCACCGGCCCCACCUGGAGGUUCUGGACGCCAUCAGCGGGAAGGAGCUCUCCUGCCUGGAGGAUCUGGAGAACAACCUGAAGCAGCUCCUCAGUUUCUACCGCUACUCGCCCCGCAUGAUGGCCGAGCUGAGAUCCACCGCUCCCACGCUGUCCGAGGAGACGGAGUUCCUCGGAGACAUCAGAGCCAUCCGAUGGAUCAUCGGAGAACCGAACGUCCUCAACGCACUCAUCAAGGACUACCUGGAGGUGGUCUCACACCUGAAGGAGAUCAGCAGCCAGACCCAGAGAGCUGACGCCGCUGCCAUUGCCCUCACCCUCCUCCAGUUCCUCAUGGACUAUCAGUCGGUGAAGCUCAUCUACUUCCUCCUGGACAUCAUCGCCGUCCUCUCACGGUUGGCCUUCACCUUCCAGGGAGAGUACCUGCUGGUGUCCCAGGUGGAGGCUAAGAUCCAGGAGGCCAUCCUGGAGAUCGGACAGUUGGUGGACUGCCCCGGAGAGUACCUGCAGGAGUUUGAGGAGAACUUCCGUGAGAGUUUUAACGGCAUCGCUCUGAAGAACCUGCGCGUGGCCGAGUCCAAGUUCCAGUCCAUCCGAGAGAAGAUCUGCAACAGGAGCCAGGGGAUCCUGUCCCAGAGGUUGGACCUGCAGAGCCGAUCAUUUGCCAAGGCCUGUAAGGUCCUGGACCUGUCCACCUGGCCUCACAACAGGGAGGACCUGGAGGCUUAUGGGGAGGAGGAAAUCCAGGUCAUAUUCAACCACCUGGACUCCAUCCCCUCUGGGGGGAAGGAGGUCUCCAUGGCCAGGACGGAGGCCAAGGGCAGCCUGGUGGGGGAGUGGAAGGACCUGAAGGCAGACUACUUCAGUAUGAACGGCUUCAAAGAGGUCAUCAGUCACGUCUGCAGGUACAAGCAGCGUUUCCCUCUGCUGAACCGGAUCAUCCACGUGGUCCGGGUCCUGCCCAGCUCCACGGCCUGCUGCGAUAAAGGCCGGGGGUCUCUGCAGAAGAUGUGUAAGAACCAUCGGUCCCGGCUGACCCUGGAGCAGAUGAACGACCUGCUGAUUGUGGCCGUCAACGGACCGCCCAUCACGAACUUUGACGGGAAGCGAGCGUUGGACAGCUGGUUCGAGGAGAAGUCCGGCAGCAGCUACUCGCUCUCUGCCGAGGUCCUGAGCAGGAUGUCGUCCACGGACCAGAAGUCCGUCCUGCACAGUGUCGACGUCAACACAGAGUUCUACCCGGACAUCUAACAGACCGACCCACGAUGAGGAGUUACUCUGCUCACACACAACCAACCAACACAAACAAGAACCACUAACAGGUCUUUAAGGACACCAGGAAACCGGUCUGGUUUUCAAAAUGGUUUUCAAACCGUUCAACAGGAGAGGAGCUCCUUUAGGCUUCAGUCACAACACAUCUACAGAGACUCAGAACCACAAAGAGACUCAGAACCACAAAGACACUCAGAACCACAAAGACACUCAGAACCACAAAGACACUCAGAACCACAAAGACACUCAGAAACACAAAGACACUCAGAACCAGAAAGAGACACAGGACCACAGACAUGUCCCAGGUCUACUACAGGGAGAGACAAAACUAGCACAAGAUGCUAAUAUGAAAACACUGACUGAGACCAGACACACAGAGACAUGAGGGACUACAGAGACCAGACACACAGAGACAUGAGGGACUACAGAGACCAGACACACAGAGACAUGAGGGACUACAGAGACAGACACACAGAGACAUGAGGGACUACAGAGACCAGACACACAGAGACAUGAGGGACUACAGAGACAGACACACAGAGACAUGAGGGACUACAGAGACCAGACACACAGAGACAUGAGGGACUACAGAGACCAGACACACAGAGACAUGAGGGACUACAGAGACCAGACAAACAGCACAGCUGAGACAUGAACUAAAGACAGAUAAAUACAGUAGAACAGAAACACUAACCAACACACAGAUGAUGCAGAUUAGUCCAAAGUCCAAAGUCCAGCUUUGUCAGGUCUGUCCUCAAGAGGAGAAGAAAACUACGUCUACAAUGUUUGUUUGUUGAAUGGAGGUCUAUGAAAGAGGAUUAGAGACACUGAUGUUUCUUUAGCUCUGACCUUCUUCAUGGAAUGUUCCAUUUGUUCUCAGAACUCUGACAUCAUCAAAGACAGAACUCUGACAUCAUCAAAGACAGAACUCUGACAUCAUCAAAGACAGAACUCUGACAUCAUCAAAGACAGAACUCUGACAUCAUCAAAGACAGAGUUGAUGAUGUCAGAAGUCUGUCUUUGAUGAUGUCAGAAUUCUAGAACACCUGCUGUUGCUCUCCAUACAGACUGUUUCUCCUGCUGACACCUGAUUGGUGGAUACUCCUCAGACUACAGACAGAGACCAGAACCCUUCUCAGACUACAGACAGAGACCAGAACCCUCCUCAGACUACAGACAGAGACCAGAACCCUCCUCAGACUACAGACAGAGACCAGAACCCUCACCAGACUACAGACAGAGACCAGAACCCUCCUCAGACUACAGAAGGAGACCAGAACCCUCCUCAGACUCCAGACAGAGACUAGAACCCUCCUCAGACUACAGAAGGAGACCAGAACCCUCCUCAGACUCCAGACAGAGACCAGAACCCUCCUCAGACUACAGACAGAGACCAGAACCCUCCUCAGACUACAGACAGAGACCAGAACCCUCCUCAGACUCCAGACAGAGACCAGAACCCUCCUCAGACUUUAGAUAUAUAUACGUAUAUAUGAAUUCAGAUGAGUGUGGCAGAGACUCUCUGUCUCCUGAGGCGUCCUUGUUCAGCCGAGUCGAGUCCUCGCUCUCUGUCUCCUCUCACUGAUGGUCUUUGUCAGACCGGGCCCCCUGAGAGUCCCUGCACUUGUUAGAUAAAAUAAUAAAGCACUUGUUGCCUGAAGAAAAGUCAGUUAUACGUGAAGAACAAUCGAUUAGUGUCAAACUGAGCGUCUGUGCCACUCAGCCGCUCUCUGCUGCAGCGGGUCAUUCAGCCGAGUCAGCGCCUGACGGAGGGAUGGAGUGAUGGAGGGAUGGAGGGAUGGAGGGAUGGAGGGACGGAGGGAUGGAGGGAUGGAGGGAUGGAGGGACGGAGGGAUGGAGGGACGGGUGGAGGGAUGUAUAGAGGCUUUAUAUUUCUACGACCCUGACUCACACUAUACAUGCUGUAUAAAGUGUAUAUACUGUAAAAGCUGUGGAGCUGUUUGUAAGAGAGUAUUUUUCUCUUGAAUGAUUGUGCCAUAACGCUCCAAUGCAAGAACCAAAAUAAGAGGGUGCUGUCCCACGCCGCCAUAACGCACUCUGCCAUAUUAGUUAGACGUUUACCGCUGAGGAUUAUAUCUGUUCCUAUAUUUCUUUUCAUAUGAUGACUCUGCUUCAUGUUGGGAGAAACUCCAGUCUUGUUAAAGCGAGACGUUGAGACUGCAUGAUGAUGAGGAUGAUAAGUGUUGCUUUAGUUCAGACUUUGUGUUAUUGAGACGCCUGGACGUGAAGCUGAAUCAGUGUACCAUGGUCACAGAGCUGAGUCAGCUUUAUAUCCUUUACAGCAGAUGUAUAAUGCCGUCCUGAGUUAAAGGGAGGGUUGGAGAUUUUGGGAAACUCACUUUAAGGAGCUUGUUUUAUUUUCAUGUGGUAUAAUUCUGACUGUAUGUACAGGGAACACAAAGACGUCCCCUGAUCUAUAUAAGCACACUUUGAUCCAUGAAGGGUCACGAUGCAGACAUCACGGCCUGUUUCAUGGCUGCAGAGCUCAGACGAGCUCCAGACUGAUGCUUUCACUCUGUGCAUCAUUGAGUCAUCGUUAAGAUUCAAACAGAAGACUUGACUCCUGUGAGCUCUGAUUGGUCCGUUUGAUGCAGACGUGAAGAUGGAUGUUUGUUUUUAUUGACAUACCGUGCAUGCCUGUGUUAUAUGCAUGCAGAUCUUUCUGUGUAAACUUGUUUUAAAGCAUAAUGUUUGUAUGCAGGACGCUGCCUGAGCCGGUCCAGCUCCGUCUGUCAGCGCGGCGCUCUCAGGAGAGACAAACUGACUUCAGAGUGCAGAUAACGGCGUGCUGCACCUUUCUCUGUUUGUGUUUUAAUGGAUGGAUGUUCUUCUUCUUUAAACCGACGUCGGGCUGAUUGUAAUCUGACUCUGUGUGGAGAUGAUCUGAGCUGAUGAUGUGAUGUUUGCUGAUCUGUGAGAUUUUUACCUGCUGGAUUUAUGAAUGUGGUCAACGAUGAACCAAAAGAACUCGUGCAGUCAACCCAUU